UUUCAUACUACUAUUAUUUCUACUAAUUUGGACCUCCUAAUCUCAACUACAUAUUUGAACAUGCAUAAAAAGUUGUUACAUCCCUUACUCGCCGGAGCUCCACACCAAGAUGAAAUCACCCAAUUUCCUUAAUUUUUGGCAAGCUUGUUUUUUAUUCUCCAUUUCUUUUCUAUUGAUCCCAAUUCUCAUCAUCUCCAUCGCCCGCAUUUCAUCACCCUCUUUCCUUUACAACGCCGCCGUCGACGAAUGCCCCUUGGGGAGAGUCUACGCCUACAAUCUCCCCUCCAUCUUCAACCACGACUUGCUUCUACGCAAUUGCACCGACCUCCACCCCUCUAUCUGGCAAUGCGGCAUUUCCCCCAACCACGGCUUCGGCCGCCCCGCCACCGAGCUCUGCCGCAUCCUGCCCGAAAACACCCGCAAAUCCUGGUUCCGCACCAACCAAUUCGCCCUCGAGUUACUAUUCCACCGCCGCGUCCUGCGCCACAGGUGCAGAACGCGGAGGCCGGAAUCAGCCUCCGCAUUCUAUAUCCCGUUCUACGCAGGACUCGCGGUGGGGAACCACCUCUGGACCAACGACACCGCCCAGCAGAUGCUGCGGUGGGUCCAGUCUCAGAGCCAUUGGAUGAAAUCUAACGGUUCAAAUCAUUUCAUUACAAUAGGCCGCAUUACCUGGCUGGCCGACCCAGUUGGAAACUGGGGCUCCGCACUCCUCAACAUGCCCGAGAUGUCCCACGUGACCCGCCUCAUCAUCGAGAAGGCUACUUGGGACGACCACGACGUCGGAGUGCCCUACCCGACCGGGUUCCACCCCGAGACCGGGCAGGCCCUAAAAAAUUGGCAACAAUUUUUGCGUGGCUACAAUCGCUCCAGCCUCUUCGCAUUCGCCGGGGCGACGCGCCAGUCCAGCGGCCGCGUCGACUUCCGGGGGCUCCUGCUGAGUUACUGCGCCAACGAAACGGCGUCGUGUCAGGCGGUCGAUUGCGCGGCUGCGAAGUGUUCCGCGGACUAUACGGUGAUAUUGGAGGCUUUUUUGGGGGCGGAGUUUUGCUUGCAGCCGGCCGGGGAUAGCUCGACGAGGCGGUCGGUUUUUGACUGCAUGGUUGCCGGUUCGGUCCCGGUUUUUUUCUGGAACUCGACGGCGUACGAGCAGUACAAGUGGUUCUUGCCGGGCGAACCGGAGAGCUACUCGGUUUACAUAAACCAUGAGGAAGUGAGAAACCGGAGUUAUGUGAUAGAGCAAGUUUUGAGGAGGUAUAGCAAAGAGGAGAUUAGGGAAAAGAGAGAGAAAGUGAUUGAGACAAUUCCUAGGAUAAUAUAUGGACGUAGAGGAUCAUUAGGAUUUAAGGAUGCUUUUGAUAUUGCUUUUGAUGGAGUCUUACAGAGGAUUAAGACAGAAAAAGAAGGAUUGAAUAUAAAUAAAAAGAAUGAAGCGUAG